GUAUUUAUUCCUUUACUUACCGGUCUCUGCCCUCUUUUUGGAUCUCGAGGUUUUGGAUAACACUCCUUCGUUUCCAUUUGAUAUUUACAUCACCACUUGGUCUCAGUCAACCACUUCACCAUUGGCACCAGCUCGACGACAAUUCAAGCUCUCGAUCCGGUUUAUGUACAGCGACUUAUUAAUCUAGACUUGCCAGCCUAUCUUUUCCCCGGAGGCAACCAGUCAACACCAUCAUUAGCCCUUCACGGCACGAAGCAAUAGUAACAACACGACGCGACAUCUAUAUACAUAUAUAUACACACAUAUAUACACCACUUAAUAUAUAAACCCCCCAGACGUCAGAGGCAUCUAUCGAUUGCCACAGUUACAAAAGCUACUACCUCUUUCCUGCACUAUAUAAUACGAUCAAGAUGGAAGACAUCAUGGCUCAGCCCUUCAUCUUCUAUGAAUCAGACGCCAGCCCCGAGAGGCAGCAACGGCAGCACAUCUUCAACCCUUUUCCCUACCAGAUGAACAUGCUUCCCGUUGUGCCGCCGGUGCCGUCGACGCCCAUCUACUCCAGACGCAACUCGGGCUGCCUCCAGUCACCCAUGCAGCACAAGCCGUUCCUCAACCUCGACAGCAUUACCAGCAUGCCUGUCCCUCAGGUGCUCACGCCAAUGGCCUCUCCUCAGCCCAUUUCCCACGCCAGACCCGCCAUCAAGCUGCAAACCGAGAUGGGCGACUACUGCGGCAUGCCGCCAAGCCCUCCGCUGACGCGUUCCAAUAGCGCUGCCAGCAGCCCGCGCAGCUGUGACUUGCUCCAGACUCCGUGCAACCCCAUGGUGUCGGGAAUGGACGGCCUCGAGGUCAAGCCUGCUGGUCACGAAAUGAAGCCUUAUUCUCCUCCUCUUACACCUGUGUACCUUCCCGACCAGGCCCGCAUCCAGGUGCCCAUGCUCCCCUCCAAUGACCUGAGCCUCAACACGCCAACCCCCACCGCCAGCGGCCUUCUUACUCCCACUCCCACCUACACCACGCUGCUCUCGCCUGCCGCGUCGCCGCUCGUGCAGCCGGCCUCCAUCUUCCCGGUCCCCGUCGACGGCGUCUGCGAUCCGCGCGAGCUUACCGUGGGCACUGUCAAUUCCACCCUUGCUCCCGAGUACUUCCCCACCAUUUACUCCCCCGACGAGGAGGACCGCGACUACUUCUCCCAAGGCAUUGCCCCGCAGAGACUCGCCACCCCCUUCGACUACUCGUUCAACCCCCAGCUCACUGCUGGCCUUCCUGUCUUUGACAUCCUCUCCGUCCUGACUGACAUUGACUCGGAGGACGAGUCUCCCUUCACCAGCGGCUCUUGCUCCCUGGUCGAGAGCUCCCCCAGCGUUAGCAGCCGCUCGCGCUCCAGCUCCGGCGCUGCUUCGCUCGACCAGUCCAGCCUUUUCUGCGACGAACUCGAGGACAUGCACGACGUUGAGUCGGUUGAGGACGACUGCUGCUCCGAUAGCGAGGCCCGCCCCAGCAAGAGGGCAAGGCACGCACGCAAGUCCACCAUGGACGUCGCUGCCGACAACCAGACCGCCAGCACCGAGAAGCAGGCCCCGGCCAGCGAACACACCCAGCAGGCAGCCAGCGCCGAGGCUGAGAGCAACAACACCGAGUCCAACGCGACCACCGAAUCCUCGGUCGAGGCUGGCGAGCAGGCGUCGACGCCGCUCCCGGUGCCUACCAACCGCCGCGGCCGCAAGCAGUCCUUGACCGAAGACCCUUCCAAGACCUUCAAGUGCGACAUUUGCAACCGUCGUUUCCGCCGCCAGGAGCACCUCAAGCGUCACCACCGGUCUUUGCACACUCAGGACAAGCCUUUCGAGUGCGGCGAGUGCGGCAAGAAGUUUUCUCGUUCCGACAAUCUGUCUCAGCAUGCCCGUACCCAUGGCUCUGGCUCGCUUGUCAUGGACUUGAUCAACGACCCCGAACUGAUGGGCAUGCACCACCCCGGUUUCAUCCAUCAUCCGAUGAUGGGUCCAGCCCUCACCAGCGAGGACUGCCACACUUUUGGCAAGGUCCUCUUCCAGGUUGCUUCCGAGGUUCCAGGCAGCGGCAGCGAGUCAUCCGACGACAGCGAUGUCAACAAGAAGAAGCGGAGGAGAGGCGAGUGAAUAACCUUCACUGCGCUAAUCUAAAACCGCUUGUUCACUUCUUCGCACACUCUUCCCCAUUAACGACGGUCUUCGCAGUGGAACGGAGCCGGCGUUAUUGAUGUUAGACAUGAACCAUUACGAGAUUCAUUGGCCGAAAUACCCCCACCAUCGGCGCUUUCAAGGGUCAAAAGAAUUUGAAAGAGAGAGAGAGAGAGAGAGAGAGAGAGAAAGAAUACCCCCUCGAUGUUUGUUACGAACGAUGGAUGCGCAAUAUCGGACGCCCAUUCACCAUGCCUUUAGAAAAGGUUGGAAUAUAAAAGGGCGUUAUAGGUAUUGCAAGAUUCCCCCGGGUUUUGAGUUUUGAUCGAUUGGAGGAGGACAGCAGUCUCUGUCUUAGGCGCACACAGCUAGUUGCUUUGGAGUUUACACAUACUCCUUAUUAGUUUUGUUACACUUUGAUGUUUCCGGACAUUUUAAUCGUUCGGUGGACGAAGCAGCUGGCUCAGCCGUCCACCGCGCAUGCUUCCUUCAUACUUUUUUUCUUCUUCUUCUCAACAAAAGGCUGUUGUUUCCUCCUCCACAUCAUACUCAUGGUAUCCUCGGUUUGCAGGAUAGGACUGUAUCGUCGUUAGCUUAGCAUCACACUCAGGCCAGUUGGUCAUGAGAAAAGAAUAAAGGCAUCUAGAAAUGCACAUUU